AUGCGAUUAAAAUUUUCUACUGAUUUCGAUAAUCCAGUUGUGAUUGACAGUUUUCAAAGACGCGGAUGGAAACAAGUAGCAUCGUGCGAAGAUUGGAAUAUUUACUGGUCAAAUACGUUCAACUGUCGUUCUUUAUUCGAUUCAGAAAAUGGACAUAGACUUCAAGAUAAUCAGUUUAUAAACCAUUUCCCUAAUCACUACGAGUUAGUGAGAAAAGAUUUGUUAGUUAAAAAUAUUCGUUGUUAUCAAAAGAACCUCGAGAAAUUGGGUCAUCCGCUCGCGGAGAAAAUUCAAGAAACACUUUCAAGUGGUCAGAACGUUACACGUUAUUUAUAUUUAGAUUUCAUACCGACAACAUACGUACUUCCCUUAAACUACAGUUUCUUCGUACAAGAAUACCGGAGAUUUCCGCAAUCGACGUGGAUUUUGAAACCAUGUGGAAAAUCUAAAGCCGAAGGAAUUUUCUUAGUAAACAAAUUAUCCUCACUUAAGAUAUGGUCUAGAAAGACGAGGAAAUAUAUUCAAAAUAAUGUAACCAGUAAAAAUAUGUACGUUAUAUCACGCUAUAUAAAUAAUCCGCUUCUGAUCGGAGAAAAGAAAUUCGAUUUGAGGAUUUACGUUCUAGUGACAUCGUUUCGUCCUUUAAAAGCUUAUAUGUUUCGAAACGGAUUUUGCAGAUUUUGUACGGCAAAAUACGACACAAGUGUUUCGGAACUCGACAACAUGUAUAUUCACAUAACAAAUGUUAGCGUGCAAAAACACGGUGAUAAAUAUAACAAACAACAUGGAGGCAAAUUUAGUCUCAAUAAUUUAAAACUAUUUUUAGAGGGAACAAGGGGACAAGAAAUAACAACACGUCUAUUUGAAAAUAUUAAGUGGAUAAUAAUUCAUUCUUUGAAAGCGGUUGCUGGAAUUAUGUCUAAUGAUCGACAUUGCUUCGAAUGUUACGGUUAUGAUAUCAUCAUCGACGACGAGUUAAAGCCGUGGCUCAUUGAAGUUAACGCCUCUCCUUCUAUGACUGCGACAACGACAAACGACAGAAUACUUAAAUGUAAUCUCUUUGAAAAUAUUUUAUCCCUCGUCUUACCGCCGAGCGGAAUUCCUGACGCGCGAUGGAACAAAACGCCUAACGCAAACGCUUUAGGGGAUUUCGAAAUACUCGUCGAUGAAGAUUUUAUUCUCAAAGAAGGUUUAAGCAACAAAUAA